CCAGUACACGUGCGAGUCAGCCUCACACAUCUUGUACAGAAAUCCGGCCACACAGGAACAACACCCUGCCUUAUCGCAUCUAUCCAAAUACUCAAACACGUUUUUGUCUUUUCUCCCAACAGCUCCCACGAUGGGUUCUCCUCGGACGGUAUCUCGGUGAUAAGCGAGAGCGAUGCCAGUGCAACCGAAACGCCGGAUCAUAAGAAGAGGUUGCACUUUGCCAAAGGUUUCGAAUUGGAUGCUGAGGAAGACGAGGCGGUGUCCUCACAAAUACAAGAACAAACGGCGGCCGUUGAGCGACAACGUCCCCGAGAGAGGCGGUUGAAGCGAAGAAGGAGUGAUGAGGAACCACCAGAGGAUAGGGCACUGGUUCCCGAAGGUUCGCUGAUAACGUGGACCGAUGUUCAUCGGGCAUCAGUUGUCCUGGCCGGGGUACUAGUUACUGCAGUAGUAGCCAUUUUGGUGGGUAAUUCCCGCGUUUAUCAGAACCGGGCCGAUGAAUUUAACUUUCAACAUGAGCAGAGGAUCUCCGAGCUGGAAUUGGAGAAUAACAUCUUGAAGAAUGAGAUGAACAAACUCAAGCAUCUGUACACGCGGACCGAGUUGGAUGAGCAGGUACAAAAAGCGGACACUGAAUGGAUCGAAACACUGGAAAAGGCUAUUGACGCGACUCCGACACCUGAAGAAGUAGAUCCUGUUCAAAUGGGUACCGGGGAAGAGAAAAUAGGAAAAAGCACCGGUCCGGAGCUUCCGGAAUUUAGGAAAGUCCCCCCACAGGAUGGGGAAGUUCCUUUGCGAGUCGUUUGGGGAGGUGACGAUGGUCAACCUAUGCUCAUAGCCGAUAAGGACUACGUUCUACCGGAGUUUUGUUACAACAAAAAUGCAGUUAAAGAUGCGUUGUACUCGGAAUACUCAUCGAAGUAUUGUGAUAUCAAAAAACGUAAAAUCGAAGCCAAACAGCGUAAAGCUGAAUUUUACAAGCAGCACCACAAAAAAUACAAGCCAGACGGCCCUAAGGACUACACUAAAUACAUCAAACCAACAGCGGAAGAAGUGGCCGAACAUAAACGGCAAGCCACAGCUGCGCCUCCGAAAGCUCCAAACUUGUCUCCGUUCGCUUUCGAUUUCCAGCAAGCCUACGAAACGGUCAAAGAAGAGGGUGCAGUGAUUUUGGAAAGUCUGGUUGCAAUCCUGGAUUUAAAUCCAGAACCGGAAUUCGUUCGAACCUCCUACCAGGGAGACGUUGCCGAUAAUGGAGCAGCUGGUACCACCCCAAGCACCGAAACGGCGACAACACCGGCAGCCCCGGAAGAGAUCCCCUGGGAAACGUACCCGACGUGGGUCCGCGAAAAGUACGAAGCGACUCCGGAAAUGCACCACAAGCUGAAGAACAAAGCCUCGCUGCUGUGGGACUGGGAACGGAAGAAGAAUCAGUUUCUGCAGGACGUUGGUUUGGACACCCUGGAGGAAGUGGAAAGCCGAACCGAAGAUGAACUGCGGCAACGGAAGCAACAGUUUGGUAAAACGCGAGCAGAGCAAGGCAACGUUGAAAGCGGAUACGAACAACCUAAACAACAGCAGCAAGAGCAACAAUUUGAGAGAAAUUCUCAGGAGAAUGUUGAAAGGAACGAGUAUAGGAACGGUGACAACAACAAAAACGGAUGGAAGGGUGAUAAAAAGGAUUGGAAGAACGGCAAUAAGGAAUGGAAAGGAGGUGAUGGUAAAGAAUAUAAACGAGAUAGCAAGGAAUGGCGGGGAGAUAGCAAGGAGUGGAAGGAGCGAUCCAGCAACGGUGAUAGAAGAUCGAACGAACGGAACGAUUCGCACGAAAAUUACCAGAAGGAUUGGAAAAAAGAAAAUCGUGAAUGGAAGGACAGUAAUGAACGAAAGUACCAUAGCGAAGAAAAUGGUAGCAAAGAGUGGAAAAAUGGCAACGGUUACAACAAACAGGACAAACACUGGAAAAAUAGCGGAGAGAGUCGGGAGCAGCAGCAGCAGCAGCAGGAUCGACCUGCUAAUGGUGGUUCUUAUCUAGACCAAUACCGAAGCGAGGAAGUUUCGGCUGAGCACAACAGAGAUACAAGGGAACGAGAAGGCUUCAACAAAAAGUAUAAGCAUGACGAUGAUGAUGAUGAUAGCAAAGAGUGUCACGAUUCGAGGGAAUGUAAGGAAAACAAAUGGAAACGCAAGGAUUACGACAAUAGCAAUGAACGUUCGUCAGGAGAAGGAUCCUAUCUGAAUCAAUACAAGGACGAUUAUAAGAAGUCGUACAACUCGAAGGAAAACUAUCGAAAGAAAUUCGAUGAUGAUGACGAUGAUGAUGAUGAUGAUGAUGAUGAUGAUGACGACGACGAUGAUGAUGACGACUGGAAGAAUAAGGGGAAAAAGCACAACGGUCACAAGAAUCACAAGAAACAUGAUGGCAGUGAUGAGGACGAUGACGAUGAUGAUGAUGACGACGAUGACGAUCAUUACAAAAAUCGUAAAGAGUGGCACGAUAAGAACCACAAGGGGAAAGACAAGCACUGGCAGAAACACCACGAUAAUCAUCACAGCAAGGAGAAGUGGAACGAUCGGGAGCGUCAUUCGCAGCACCAUCGAAAGCGAUAGAAGGGGUUCAACACUGGAACCAUUGGAAUGAACGUUUUAGAGCGAAAGGAAUACGAAUGAGAAGUUUAAAGUGAAAGUGGCAAAAAACCCUUUAGUCAGAAUAUAUUUAUACGAUGUUACCAAACAGAAAUUUUAGAUGCGUGUACAGGAAAAGUGUACACCCAAGAGCACAAAUCUUGGCAAAGUAUAUUACAGGAAUGAGGCAAGCUGAUCUGAUUUGUUUUUCGGAAACCAAGCUGAAACAAUGCAUGGGGGAAUGUUUUUGAGCAACCCGAACUCUAGAGUAGUGAUAUUUUACGAGGAAGUUCAUUUAUCGACUAACAUAUGAGUAUAUUUUAGAAACUGUCCCGCUUAAAAGUAGAAACCUAACACAACCUUUCGAUUGAAUUUGGAUCACCCGCAACUACCAUCUCCAGAGAGUGGUAAAUAGAGGAGCCAGUUUUGAAAUAAAGUUGUGAAAUACCUAUACCAAAA